UGUGUGUGUGUGUGUGUGUGUAGGUUCUUCCUAAUGUGCUACCUGUUUGUGAACCUGGCCUGUGCUGUUCAGACUUUGCUCCGGACCCCCAACUGGAGACCUCGCUUCAAGUUCUAUCACUGGACCCUGUCCUUCUUAGGGAUGAGUCUGUGUCUCUCCCUCAUGUUCAUCUCCUCCUGGUACUACGCCCUGGUUGCCAUGGUGAUAGCCGGCUGUAUCUAUAAGUACAUUGAGUACAGAGGGGCUGUGAAGGAAUGGGGGGACGGGAUCAGAGGUCUGUCCUUGAAUGCAGCGCGAUACGCUCUCAUCCGGCUAGAGGAAGUACCACUACACACCAAAAAUUGGAGGCCCCAGCUGUUGGUGUUGUGUAAGUUGGAUUCCGACCUGACGGUAAAGCACCCUCGUCUUAUGUCCUUCACCACGCAGCUCAAAGCUGGAAAAGGACUGACGAUCGUGUGCUCGGUGCUGGAGGGAACCUUCAUGACCCGGGGGAACGAAGCCAAGACUGGAGAGCAGAACCUGAAAGCAACGAUGGCUGUGGAGAAGAUGAAGGGUUUCUCCCAUGUGGUGGUGUCGUCCAACCUGAGAGACGGUUUCUCCCUUCUCAUCCAGUCAGCCGGCCUGGGAGGAAUGAAACACAACGCUGUGCUGAUGGCCUGGCCCACAGGCUGGACGGAAGCCCGGGACCCCUCUGCAAGGAGGAACUUCAUAGAAACUGUAAGGGAGACCACGUCAGCUCAUCUGGCUCUGAUGGUUGCCAAGAACAUCGACCAUUUCCCUAACAACCAGGAGCGUCUGGAGGAGGGAACCAUUGAUGUGUGGUGGAUCGUUCAUGACGGAGGACUCCUCAUGCUGCUGCCAUUUUUACUCAGUCAACACAAGGUAUGGAGGAAGUGUAAAAUGCGUAUUUUCACGGUGGCCCAGAUGGAUGACAACUCCAUCCAGAUGAAAAAAGACCUCCAGAUGUUUCUCUACCACCUACGCCUGGAUGCAGAGGUGGAGGUAGUGGAAUUGCAUGACAGUGACAUCUCCGCUUUCACCUAUGAGAAGACGCUGGUGAUGGAGCAGCGGUCUCAGAUGCUGAAACAGAUGCAGCUGUCCCGCACUGAGAGGGAGAGAGAGAUUCAGAGCAUCACAGAUGUAUCACGCAGCUCCAUAAAGAGGAAGAAGUCUCCAGGUGUGCCUUCCCUCAUCACCCAGUGCAUACCUGAGGAUGAGGCCCAGUUGAUCCACGACCGCAACACAGCGUCUCAUGCUGCAAUGAACGACAAACCUGCAGGUGCCCCUCCAGAUCGGGUCCACAUGACCUGGACCAAAGACAAACUGGUCAACGAGAGGAACAGACAACGAGAGACCAUGGGAGUUAAGGACAUGUUCAACAUGAAACCCAACCAGUCCAACGUACGGAGGAUGCACACGGCUGUGAAGCUGAACGGCGUGGUGCUCAAGAAAUCCAAAGAUUCCCAGCUGGUGUUGCUAAACAUGCCGGGCCCCCCGAAGAACAAGAAAGGGGACGAGAACUAUAUGGAGUUUCUGGAGGUCCUGAUGGACGGCCUAGACCGUGUCCUGUUGGUUCGUGGAGGCGGUCGGGAAGUCAUUACCAUCUACUCCUAGCACCCAGCUGUUCCUCAUUGUUUGAAAGGAAUGUAUGGACAGUAAGGUCCCAGCAGGAUCAAUGGUAAAUGGACAAAGAUGUCGGACAAAGGAAGGACAGUCCAUUCCUUCACAGGACAGAAAAGGAGGACCAAGGUCGGUGAAGAACAGGGUAGUGUAGCUGCAGCACAGCCUGAUCUCAGUUAAUCGUCUGGGGGCACAGCCGGCUUGCUACUCCCCCUUCUCUUGGGGCUUCAACAUAUUAUACACUCUAAAAGUGACAACUGUGGGGCGGACCUUCCUUCUCUGAAAAACUGUUUUGUGGAUGAGCUGUCAUUUUUCAUAAUCUUUUUGCAUUUCUCUGAUUGUGGUAGCUGGUUGGAACGAAUGAUGCUAACAUACAGUAGUGCCAUUAUUUAUUUCAAUGCUGUCGAUGAAACUUUUCAGUGAUCCCUGACAUUUUUUUAAGCCAUUUUUACAGAGUACAAUGUUUGCCUCAAAUCACUGUAUCAGAAGUGUAAGCCCUUGAUUACUAUCAGGACAGUUUAAGGGAAAAUGUGGCGUUUUGAUUGUAAUCCAGAGAUUGUCUUGUCAACUGUUUGUUGUCACAGAAAACAUUAGUGUGUAAAACGAUGAGAUAGUUUAGAUAGCAUUUAAGUUGAGUUAAUGUGUAUUUUAUUGACUUGUUGUAUUGGAGCAACAUUUUAAGGUCCAUAUGUAGGUUCAUGAAUAUAGGAUGCAUUGAUGAGGGAGUUUUAUUAGGUUUUAUUAUUCUUUUUAAAUAUAAGUCUGGAAGUCUCAUUUUGCAGUUUUCUCUUUUUGUGUCUGAUACACUUACAGCCAGUCAUGGAAUGCCUGUGAGAGAAACCGUACAUUAUGGUAUACUAUCUCAGUCUGUCUCUGCUGUUGGUGUCAGACUCUAAAAGAAUAUGGCAGGAAGUCUAGCUGAGAAUAAAAUAUGUCAAAUGUCUGGCUGUGAAAACCCUGAAGACAGCAAUUUCCCUGUAACUGCAUGAGGCAUCUGAGUUUUACAUAUUGGGCUGUAUUUGCAAUGAACAAAAAAAUAGCAUAGCAAAAACAUUACAAAGAAAGUGGGCAAUUUUGCGCCAAAUGCAUAUUAUCACAUUUAAACAUUUGCCAAUAGCACAGGACAUAAAUUGGCCUCAGUCUUUUGUCUGCUUAAAACAGGGGCACCAAUGUGAUUUGUUUCCUGUGCUCCUGUAAGGACUAAUUAUGAUGGUGCAACAUGAACAAAUAUCAAAAAAAGUUCUUAAUGUACUGUUGUACUCAACACGCAGUCCGCUGUCUUUAAUUACAUUUUAUGUAGGCCUAUAGUCAUAUUUAUUUCAUUCCAGAUUUAAAAUAACAAGUCAAGUUCUUAAAGUUUCUGUGUGUUGUAAAGUUUUUAUUUUCAAGUAUAGGGUCACCACUAUGAUAAGGUUGGAUUUCAUUCAGAGCUAAAAAAAAAAGUGCACAGUUGUCUUUGUGAUUAAAGGCUGAGAUAAAUAAGAAUAUUGCUUCAUUAAUACAAGGUCACUGUAUUCUCAGAAGUCAACAAUUACUUUUAUUGUGGGUGUUGUGAAAAGUAUUUUCUGCAUGUCUUAAUGUGAGUAAUACUUUUAGUUUUUUCUAGUUAAGUUAAUUUCUGUAUGUGUAGAAAUAACUAUUUGAAUCAUACCCCUGGUCAUUUUACCAGAUAUGAGAUUCUGGAUUCUGCCAUUGAUUAUUUAGCAAAUCAACAGCAUCAACAAUAAACUAAAAUGUACAUAUUUAACAUAGUUGUCAUGUCAUCUAUGGACAGAUUUUUCCAUACUGAGAGUUUUGGUCCAAACUUAGGAAAAAUUUAGGAAUAAUUUGAGCCUAUAAAAAAUGUCCCACAUAAUGGGCUGGCCCACAGUCAGAAGUGUUUCUCCAGACUUGGAUGGAAACUCCCAUAACAUGAAAUGAAACAUCUAUGGACAUACAAAAGGCAGGAAAAAUCAAAGCAGGAAGUCCGUAUUCAAGGAAAAUAAAAAAGGAAAUGAAGCUGACCGACUUGUUACUCAGAUGUUGAUCGCUGUGAUAUCUCUGAUUGCCCUCAUCUCAUCAAGGAGAGGGACUUCAGGCACACAUUUUCUUAUUUUUGAGUGUCGGCUAUUUUGCUUCCAUAACAUGUAGACUAGCAGAAAGAAAACACAUACAAUACUUAUCAAAGUGUUUAUUGUAUCAUACUUUUUCUAUUUGUGGAUGGGAUUUUUCCAAAAUUCACCAAAACAAGCACAUAUUCAAUGUGGCUCAUUUGCAUAUUUGAACAUUACAUCAGCAAACUUUAAAAUAAAAAAUAAAGGUGAAAUUUAGAGAUCUCUUUUAACCCAAUUUACCUGUAGUGUUUUGUCAAAACAUUUGAUCGGUUUCAUUAACUUAACUUUGGUUAAAUGUAUAAUUAAAUCUCUCAUUAAACAUCAUUGAUAUUCUAUUGUUAUAUACACAAGAAGCUGAUACAUCCUGUCCCACAUGAGAGCUGAGCCGGAUUGUCGUCACUUCUUACAUAACUGGACCGGGCUCAGUAUCCAAAUAGCAAAUUAAUCCUGGAACAUCAUUGUCGCUUGGCUCAUAAAAGAACAAAGGCAAUUUUGGAGCUUCAGAAGGAAGCUUUUGGAA